ACAGUUGAACUAUCUUUUUUUCAAACUCCAAAGCGCAGCUUUCGAAACCUCCCUCUCGCUCCUUGCCGUCCUGCGCAAGCGCUCAACACCAACACCAACACUCCUAUCACCGCCGUCACCGACAAACCACCGAAAUGGCCACCGACUACAGCAAAAAGACCAACGCGGAACUCGUCGAGAUCCUCAAAUCCCGCAACCUUACCCACACCGGUAAGAAGGCUGAGCUAGUCGCUCGUAUCCAGGAGGAUGACACCAAGAACAACGGCGGCGAGUCAGCUCCCGCCGCGCCCGCCGCGAAAACCGACGUCGCCGACGACGUGAUCGACUGGGAGGACGACGACGUCCCGGCCGAAAGUGCUACGAAACCGUCUACGGAAGCUGGUGCUGCGGCGAUCGCGGCCGGUGGUAAGGGCCAGGUGUCCAACCCGGCUGCCGUUCCGAACCAGAAACUCGAUACCGAUCCUGCUGCGACCGAUGACCUUAAGGUUGAGGCUGCUGGUGGGGAGGCUGGGAAGGAUGCUGCGCCUGAGCAGGAGACUGAGGGGGCUGCGGCGCCGGCUGGGGAGGAGGGCGCUGCUGAUGCUGCUCAGGAAGAGAAGCCUGCGCCGAACUUCGCCAAGGGCCUGCCUAUUACGGAGUUGGAGGAGGAGUUGAGGAAGCGCAAGGCUCGUGCUGAGAAGUUCGGAAUUACUGAGGACUCUCAGGCUGCUAUCGCGCAGGCUGAGCAGAACAUUGAGAGAGCUAAGCGUUUUGGAACCGGCGCGGACGCCGAUGCUGGUGUUGGUGUCAAGGGGCUGGAUGAAGCUCUUCCGCAGGAGAAGACCCGCAAGAGAGGCCGGAACGAGGAACAAGGUGGUCGCGGUGGUAAGCGACGUAACUUUGGGGGCAGGGGGGGCCAUCGCCCCCGUCGGGGUGGCCAGGGUGGUCAAGGUGGAAACAGGAACAAGACCAACAACGGCGGCGGCGAGAAACCACAACCGACGCAGAUGAGUGAGCAGGAUCGUGCGGCCUUGGAGGCAAGGAAGAAGCGAUUUACUGCUGCGACAUGAUCACGGUUGUAUUUGAUACUUGACACUUGACACCAUCUUUGUACUUUUCUAUCUUUUUGCUGGCGUUCGGGAGAUAUGAUCGAUCUAGGGUCUAUUAGAUAUCAAUAUCAUUGUCAUUGGAUUCGUUA